AUGAAUCCAGAAUUUGUUGAUCAACUUUUCAAGACCCUCCUUCAUACCGAAGUCACCAAGAAAGUCCACCGAGACGUCUACCCCGCCAUCUCCCCUUCCCGACCCGAACUCAGCCAAGCAGGAAAAGUCGUCCUCAUCACUGGAGGCGGGACUGGUGUCGGUUUCUCCUCUGCACGAUCCUUCGUCCGAGCCGCAGCUGACACGGUCAUCAUCCUUGGACGUCGAGUUGAAGUCCUGGAAACAGCUGUUUCCGCCCUCGAGAAAGAGGCAAAGGUUACCGGCACUAACACAAAGAUCAUUAGUCGUGUUUGCGAUGCUACCAACUUGACUGAGGUUAAUGAGUUCUGGAAGGACCUUGCGGAGAAAGGUAUCAUUGUUGAUGUAUAUAUUGCCAAUGCCGCCAAAUUCACAGAGCCGAAGCCUAUACUCGAGCUUGGUGCAGAUGAGGUUUGGUCGCAGAUGGAGGUCAAUGCCAAAUCUCCUCUGUACUUUGUCGAGAAGUUCUAUUCUCAACCGAGUGAAAAGCAGAAGUUCCUCGUGAACGUCACAAGUGCAGUCAUCCACAUGACAGCCGUUCUAAUGGUCGCCGAGCGUCCUGCAUACGUCCUUUCGAAGAUGACUGGCACAAUGCUAUUCCAACUCAUCGCUCUACACGUUCCACCAGAGAAGAUGCAAAUUGUUACCAUUCAUCCUGGAGUGGUGUAUGCUGAUGGAUGGAAGGCAAUGGGAUUCACGCCUGAGAGAUUUGAUACUGAUGAGCUUUGUGGCUCAUUCGCUGUGUGGGCCGCAUCUAAACAGGCGGAAUUUCUGCAUGGCCGCUUCGUCUGGACCUCGUGGGAUGUGGAUGAGCUGGCUACGGGCGAAAAUCGCAAAAGGAUUGACUCAGAUCCUGAGUAUCUGCGAGCUUCGAUUGUUGGAGCUAAUGGUGGGGUAUAG